GGCGCAGCGCCGCGCGGGGGAGCGCGGCUUAAAUCCGCGGCCGCGGCGGCAACAAAGGCGGGCGGCGGCGCGGAGGGACGGAGCGAGCGGGCUAGAGAACUGGAUUAAAAGGGAAAUGAGAGCAUGAAGAAUUGCGUGCAGAGCACAUAUGUGCUCCUCAUGGUGGCAUCUCCUAUAGAUCUUACCUGGCAACCUGCUUCUGCCUGGAAGGGUUUGACAGGAACUGCUGUGGACAGCAAAGGAGCCUGGAGAUGAAGGUGUUUCUUGAACUCUUCAGUGCAUCACAGAGCUGUGUUUUGGGAUAUCCUGCUUAAAUUCUCAGAAGAAAAAUCUGCAAACAGCAAAAAAUGACUUGAGGUGGAGAGCUGCUGCCUCACCCCCAGGACCAGCUUCCCACCCUGAGCUCAGUGUCUGGAUGCACCGUACACUAUGGUUCGCAUCAAUGUGUUGAAAAAAUUAAUGUGUGUUCUUGUGGUGAUACUGGUAGCACUGACAGUUUGCCUGUGGAGAGAGACGAGACGAAGCUACUAUGUUCCCUUCAAAACCGAGAGCAAUGACUUGGAGGUUCACAGGACUUUGGAAAAAUGGAACCCAGUUAUGUCACAGGGCCUUUUCCAUGAAGCCACGAGUGAACUGGGCCAGAUAUCCAAAAGGUGGUUCGGUGACCAUAACAAAGUAAGAGGCAGCACUUCUGGAACGGCUGAAAAGUUCAAGAAGGCAGCAGACUCUCUGAAAGUAUGGGAUAAGGACAGUUCAUCCAGAAAUCUCAUACCCAGGCUGCAGAAGGUCAGAAAAAACUACCUGUCCAUGAACAAGUACAAUGUGACUUACAAUGGGAAGAGGAACGCUGCUAAACUCAGCCCAGAGAAGUUGCUCUGCCAGCUACGGGACAGAGUGAAUGUGACCAUGAUACAGGCAUCAGAUAAUCCUUUUGAUACCUCUGAAUGGCAGCAAUACCUACCAGGGAAAAGCCUGAGUGAAACCAUAGGCCACCUUGGUUCCUGUGCUGUUGUGUCCUCAGCAGGGUCUCUGAAAUCAUCUCAUUUGGGACAAGAGAUAGACAGCCACGAUGCCGUCUUGCGAUUCAAUGGGGCUCCUGUCAAGGGGUUCGAGGAGGACGUGGGGCAAAAGACAACAAUUCGCCUUGUGAACUCCCAGCUUGUAACUGUUGAGGAGCAGCAGUUCCUGAGGGAUGCACUAUAUAACACUGGAAUCUUAAUUGUCUGGGAUCCAGCACCAUAUCAUGCAGAAAUUCAUGAGUGGUACAGAAAACCAGACUACAACUUUUUUGAAAGCUAUAAGUCGUAUCGUCAUAUGCAUCCAGAGCAGCCCUUCUAUAUCCUGAACCCAAAAAUGCAGUGGCAACUCUGGGACAUUCUGCAAGAGAAUUCACUGGAGCAUAUUCAGCCUAAUCCACCAUCAUCAGGAAUGCUUGGCAUCAUCAUCAUGAUGACGCUCUGUGACGAAGUGCACGUGUACGAGUAUCUCCCUUCCAAGCGGCAGACGGACAUUUGCCACUAUUACCAGAAGUUUCACGACCGUGCCUGUACCAUGGGAGCCUACCACCCCCUCCUGUUUGAGAAAAACUUGGUGAAGCAUAUGAACCAGGGCACAGAUGAGGACAUCUUUACUCAUGGGAAAGUUACCUUGCCCAGCCUCCGGAACGUGCAUUGCUAGCAGAGCAGGUUUUAGUGUAUUUAGAAAUUUUUCUUGACUGUGAAAGCACUUUUUAAAUCAGGGUUGUCAGAUUUGUGAGGUCUAAGCACUGGUGUGUUUUGACAGCUCUUCCACGUUGCAACACUUGCUCUUAGGACUUCGUUGCCUAACUUCUCCCCACUGUAAGGAAGUGUUGAUACAUUGCGGUACCUCCACGUGGCAUCUGCAUGAGCCACUGCAAUAAAUUUUCUCCCAGUGGAGCCAGGCUCAUGCAGCAGGUGGAAAUCUCAGUCUUCAUCUCAACUGAUGAGGGUGUAUGGGAGGCACAGGGGAUGCUUUCUAAGCAGAGAUUGCACAAGACAGGAUCAAAUGCUGAAUAUAGCUCGGUUUGCUUUGAAGGGGUUAUAAUAAUCAAAAACCUGAGAAACAAGAAAGAGAAUUUAAAACUUGUUCCCAUAGUCCUAGGGGCUCUUUGGAGUAGGGCUGAUUUAUGGAAACACUGUCCAAGUUGUGUACUGAUAAGCUAAACUCUUAAUCCAAAAUACUUGAUUUUAUAAACAGUUUGUAAAGUAAACAUGGCAACUUCCUUUCAAAUUGUAAGAAUUUUGAGAUCUUCAGGUAGCAUUUUUGGCAAAGGAAGAGGAAGGCAAUUCCCAAUUCAGUGAUUCUUCCAAGACUUUUAAAUCUUUUUACCUUUUUUUUAAGCCAUUAAAAUAAAUGUUAGUGAGUAUUUACAUCUCCAGUAGAGUGCUGUGCUUGGUACAGAAGCAGCCUUAUUUCAAAAAUGUUUAGGGGAAGAUGCUCCAAGGCAGAAAUGGGAGAACUCAGUGGAAGUUGGUACCUCUUUCCAGCUCUCUGCUGGUCUGGCUUUGCAAUUACUGAUAAAUUACUUGCUGGCUUGUCUCUGGUAACAGAAAUGCCAUGUAGCUGCUGGCCAGCUGAGUCUCAGUUCUCCACAAGAUAACUGAGGUGAGUUGCUGUGUGUUUCCUGAAGAGGUAGGGACCAGGGGGAUUGUCCCUGUGCUUCACAAGUGGUGGGGAGGGUGUGCUCUGCUUCUUCUGCUGAAGCACAGGCAGAAUUGGAGGGAACAGCUUUGCCCUGCUCAAGGGGACUCUCCCAGAGCAGGAUGGUGGAAGUAGAGCUCUGCAAUCUCAGAACAUCAGCGAGAACACCUUCCCUGAACUCUUCUGUACUGAUGUGUUUCAUGAUGUCUGUAAAGAAAUCCUUUUCUUCUCCUGUUUUAAAUAAAUUCCAUUAACUCA